AUGACUGCAGAGGCGGAGAAGUGCAAGCGUUACUUCAAUGAGCAUUGGAAAGAGGAGUUCACCUGGCUGGACUUUGACUAUGAGCGAAAGCUGAUGUUUUGCCUUGAGUGCCGCCAGGCCCUGGUGCGGAAUAAGCAUGGCAAAGCUGAGAACGCCUUCACGGUGGGCACUGACAACUUCCAGCGCCAUGCCCUGCUGCGCCACGUGACCUCGGGGGCUCACCGCCAGGCUCUGGCUGUCAACCGUGGCCAGCCCACUUUUGAAGGCCAGGCUGAGGGAGGAAGGGCCUACUCAGGCCUGGCCAACACCCCCACCUCCAGGGGCGUCAAGGUGGAGGUGGACCCGGCUAAAGCAGCUGUGCUAACCACAGUGUACUGCAUGGCCAAAGAGGAUGUGCCCGAUGACCGCUGCUCUGCCCUGCUCGAGCUACAGAGGUUCAACCUGUGCCAGGCACUGCUGGGCACGGAGCAUGGCGAUUACUACAGCCCCAGGAGGGUGAGGGACAUGCAGGUGGCUAUUGCCAGUGUCUUGCACACAGAGGCUUGCCAGCGCCUGAAGUCAUCCCCAUAUGUGGGGCUGGUGUUGGAUGAGACCAAGGACUGGCCUGAGUCCCACAGUCUGGCCUUGUUUGCCACUUCAGUGUCCCCCUGCGAUGGCCAGCCUGCUACCACCUUCCUGGGCAGUGUGGAACUACAGGAGGAUAAGGCCACUGCUGGCCAACUCCUGGACAUCUUGCAGGCCUUCGGCGUGUCUGCACCCAAGCUGGCCUGGCUCAGCUCGAGCCUCCCCAGUGACCACCUGGGAAGUGCGGGCCGGCAACUCCGGGCCACCUGCCCACUGCUCACCGAGCUACACUGCCUCCCUGGCCGGCCAGAUCCUGAGCCCCCUGCCUACCUAAGUGAAUAUGAAAGUGUACUGGAUGCCCUAUUCCGCCUCCAUGGUGGUCCCAGUUCCCACAUGGUCCCUGAGCUCCGAGCAGCACUGGACCUUGCAGCUAUUGACUUGGCAGGCCCACGGCCAGUGCCCUGGGCCUCCCUGCUGCCUAUCGUGGAAGCAGUGGCUGAGGCUUGGCCUUGCCUGGUGCCCAUACUAGAGGCCUCAGCCCCAGCCUCACCUACAGCUAGGGCACUGGCCCUUGCCCUUCGCCAGUUCACCUUCGUGGCCUUCACCCACCUGUUGCUGGACACACUGCCCUCGGUGCAGAAGCUCGCCCUUGUCCUUCAGCCAGAAGAGCCGGACUUGGCCUUGCUGCAGCCCCUGGUGAUGGCAGCUGCAGCCUCCCUCCAAACGCAGGGCAACUCGGGUGGCGCACACCUCCAGGGUUUCCUGCAAGAACUGGCAUCCUCCGGCCCCGACUUGAUUGGUGGGCGCUGCACCUACCGCGGCGUGGAGCUAGUCGGCUAUUCUGAGGCUGCGGUCCGGGGCUUGGAGCAGCUGCGGGGGUCCUUCUUGGACUCCAUGCAGAUGGGGCUGCGGGACUCCUACCCCAGGCCGUCUCUGGAUGCCGUGGCCGCCUUCGCCACGAUCUUCGACCCCCGCCUCUAUCCGCAGGCGCCCGAGGAGCUGGGCGCGCACGGCGAGGGGGCGCUGAGGGUCCUGCUGCGCGCCUUCGCCCCGGCAGUGGUGCGCCAGCGUGCGCUGGGCGACUUCGCGCUCUUCAAGCGCGUGGUCUGCAGCCUGGGGCGGUUGGGCCCUCGGGCUCUGUGUGCCAAGCUGGCAUGCGUGCACUCUGAGCUUCACGAGCUUUUCCCCGACUUCGCCGCCCUAGCUGCCCUGGCCUUGGCGUUGCCCGCUGGCGCCAGCCUAUUAGACAAGGUCGGCCGCAGCCGAGAACUGCGGUGGUGGGGGCAGGGCGGGGCCGGGGAAGGCCGGUGCGACUCCGCAGUCAAAAUCGCUGUGGAUGGGCCCCCGCUGCACGAGUUUGACUUUGCACUGGCCGUGGAGUUCUUAGAGAGUGGGUGGGGGGCGGGGCUACUGAGCUCGCAGCUCAUGCGAAGAUGACCUCCUUCCCUCUACCCAGCCAGGCUGGGGUCCUGGGCACUCUAAAGACCAAGCUGGACUUGACGGUGCUGUACUCAAGCUGACCUACUAACUGUGGCCUUCCACCCACCUUCCUGUGCUUCCUCUGCUCCACGCUGAGUGCUAACCCAGCCCUGUGGGCUGUGGAAGAGGGACUGGGUCAAAGCAGGCCUGGGCCUCUGGGCAGAGAUGCCGGGGUCUGAGGCACACUACAAUAUUGCUCCUGACCAUUCUAGAGUGUGGUGAGGAGUAGCUUACCCUUUCCCUUCUGUAUUCAGCCCACGUUUUGGCCCUAGACAAGUUGGGGGGUGGGUCUUGGUUGGAGGGAGGAAGUCUGAGGGAAAAGAGAAUGGGUCCUUGCCUGUUUCUUAGCCCCGCUCCCAGUAGCAUCUCUUCUCUUCAGAUAUGACCGGAGAGCAGAUCACUGUUUUUAUUUUUGACACCUUCUCUGUGCACAGCUGGUGGCCUGAGGGAGGUAGUAAUGCCCUCCCUCCCCUACCCACCAAUAGGCUGCCUGAGGCUAUUCUGUAUGUGACCGUGUAUAUAGACAUACAAAUCUAUAAAUGUGAAAUAAAUCUAUCCUAUCUUUCACAGUGUUAACACAUAAAUUUAAAAGUUCUUUUGGUAUUGCAAUGACAGGGUCCAAAAAAAGUCCCAAAUGAACUGGAUUUAUUUCUAAUUUUUUUCUCUGUACGUCUGGAUGUUCCCCCAAGUUCAUAGCCCUCCUCUCUCUCUGCCUCAGACCCUUAAGACCAAAGACUGUAAAACCAGUGCUGUACCCACACUGCAAGCCUGGCCCAGGGAUGUUAGAGGGCGUUUGCCUUCUGCGGGAAGCAGUUAGGACCUCACCAGAGCUGGGGGAGACAUCCUUUCAGAUUCCAUGGGCUUCCCAUCCCUUCUAUCAGCCCUUGCUCUGAAUGAUGUGGAUCUGGAUAUGGAGAGGGAGAGUGAGUGAGAAGGGAUGGAGGGACUGGCUUCCCCAGGCCUCCUGGGUUUGUAUCUAAUUUGCAAUAAAAUGGAAACCCAGCACAUUA